AUGUGCCCAUGUCCCAGGGGAGUUGUGAUGUCGUCGGAUGGUACGUAUCUUCUGGAGUCAGUAGUACAGGAUCUUCUCAGGAAACCAGGACAAAUAAUGCUGGACGACUACCACGAGGACAACCUGACUCGAGAACUGGAGGAACUGCUGAGAGACCUGGAAGAUCUUGACCCAGACUGGUCCCAGAGCGGGUACCCUCAACCCAGGCCAGAACGGACGGCUCUCUGCAACGAAGAGUGCUCUAGGUACUUCGGUUGCCAGUCUAUGGUCAUCCUGGGUGUGGAUGUAUUAGGUCAGGAGGCCAUGGUACCAGAAUGCUAUGAAGUAACAGCUAGUAAAGAGUUUGCUUGUUGCUACCCAGGAUGUGACAGGACAUACUCUAAAGCCUCUCAUCUUCGGGCACACUGCCGCCGCCAUACCGGGGAGAAGCCAUUCGUUUGUUCUUGGUCAGGAUGCACCUGGAGGUUUUCCAGGUCUGAUGAACUAGCCAGACAUUCCAGGUGUCACUCUGGGUAUAAGCCUUAUGAAUGCAACCUCUGUGGUAAGAGGUUCAGCAGGUCUGACCAUUUGGCCAAGCAUUCCAGAAUACAUACCAGAAAGGUCUGAUAGUUUCACAAGAAACCACAAUCAGUACAAUAUCAAACAGAUUAACUAUUAUUUCUUUUAAUGAAAUGGUGGAGAAUAAAGAUAUGGUGAGAAAACAUCUGGAAUAUACAUGAGUAACAUUUGUUUGAUAAACUAUGUUUUCAUGUUGCUAAUGUAUAUUUUGUUAUCAUUAAUGAGAUUACUCGGAGAAGCAAGCUAUUUUAUUUAAAAUAAUAAAUGCAAUUUAUAAAAAAAUUGAUUUCGAAAAUUAGAUUAAAAGGUGAAUGAUUGUUAGAAGAGUACUAACAUGAUCUUUUUCAGAUUUCUUUGUAAAGCACUCCAAUAAUUUUAAUUGAAAUAUAGAAAUGAAUGACUUUAAUUUUAUCUGUAAAUAUUUUAUUUUAAUAUUUUGUAAAAUUUAUUAUAAUUCUUAUUUUUGUUAUCCAUAAAUUACUUUUAUGCUUUUAUUAUAUUACUCAUAUAUUGUUUGAUUGAUGAUUCUAUUUAUAUAAUUUUAUUUACUAAGAUAAUAUAUACAUAUUUAUUCACUGUACUCAGUAAUAUAAAGGAAUACUUAAGACAACUUAUAUAAUAUUAUUGUCAAAUUACAAUAAUUAAAAAAUUGAUUUUUGUUUUAAUUGUGGUUAGAGACAUAUUACUAUAAUGUUAGCUGAGAUUAAAAAAAAAAAUCAGCUGGGAAUAGGAACAAAAAAGAAAUAAGAUAUGAAAAAUUACAUAAAACUAAAUAACAACCAGCUUACCUGUAGGUUACAACUCUUGGGUUUUAACUAUAUCAAAUAAAAAAAUAUAACAGUUAAAACAACAGCAGAAAGUAUAUUAAAUCAAC